AUGGGGUUCGUUCUGAUCAUGAUCCGUGGAAGUUCACUUCUCCUGAACCGAGAACAAAUUAUCCCUGACCAUCUGUCAGCUCACCCACCGAGCAUAAGCAACAUGGCGUGUACGGCUCCUAAUUCGUUAUCCUACUACAGCACGAGCAACGCCAUCUUAUCUACUAUUGGAAUUUGCUAUGUUCUUGUCGGUAUCAUGGUGGCUGGUAUUGGGGGGAAGGUUACAGCACUCCUUGCCGUGCCAAUUCUCUCCUCUAUUGGGUGUGCUAUAGCCAAUGGUCUUGCUUACUACGGAAGCUUUGUUGGUUGCCCCCUUGUGAACCAGGCAGUCGCUUUCUUAUUCUGUCACUUCUCCUGGACGGUAAGUGCCAUGUUUGUACACAGUGUUGGUAAUAGCGAUUUAAGAAGUCGGACUCCCUUUUUAUGGGUACAUCAUCCUACUCAAUCUCCUCCACGAUCGAGAGCGCAUUGUAUACUUGACUAUUUACUGGUCGCUUAUGCUCUUGAUCCUAGCCAUCCGCGUCACUAUUGCAGCGAUACACACAAACUUUCUACUUCACGGGAUGCCUGA